AAAUUAUGUGUCCCUUAAAUUUAGCGUGGUGGAUGGUUCAAGUUUCUUUCUUUGUGCUUCCUUCUACAACAUCUUUAGUUACUUCAUCUUCAUGUGCUAAGUGCGUGAGCUGAACUCAUCCCCUCCAAACCAAAAUGGCGUCGUUUUUGUCUCUGCCUGCAAUUUCCGCUCGUCCCAUUCCACGUGCCUUCUCUCUCAAAGGACCUUUCUUUCAAACUCCAACCACCUUGCAUUUCAAAAAUAACCGGUUUGCAGUUAACUGCAGAUAUGCAGAAGCAGGUGUCGGGGUCGAUUCUACAUCUACCACUAUAGAUGUUGUGGCUGAUGUUAAAAGUGAACGGAUUGUAGUCUUAGGAGGCAGUGGCUUUGUUGGUUCUGCCAUAUGCAAGGCAGCAGUAUCCAAGGGCAUAGAAGUCAUAAGCCUAAGCAGGUCAGGACGUCCAACUUACCCGGAUGCAUGGGUAGAUCAGGUUACUUGGAUUUCAGGAGAUGUUUUUUAUGUAAACUGGGACGAAGUACUCGGUGGAGCUACUGCAGUGGUUUCAACCCUUGGAGGUUUUGGGACUGAGGAACAAAUGAGAAAGAUUAAUGGCGAGGCUAACGUUGUGGCUGUGAAUGCUGCAAAGGAAUUUGGAAUUCCCAAAUUCAUCUUGAUCUCAGUUCAUGAUUACAACUUACCAUCAUUUUUACUUUCAUCUGGGUACUUCACCGGAAAGAGGAAAGCAGAAUCUGAGGUUCUCUCCAAAUACCCCAAUUCAGGUAUUGUCUUAAGACCUGCUUUCAUAUAUGGGAAAAGGAGAGUGGAUGGUUUCGAGCUUCCUUUGGAUUUGGUAGGUCAACCAGCAGAGAGAAUUCUACGAGCAGCAGAGAACUUCACCAAACCUUUAAGCUCUCUUCCAGCAUCUGAUCUACUCUUGGCUCCACCUAUCAGUGUUGAUGAUGUUGCGUUGGCUGUUAUCAAUGGUGUCACAGACGAUGACUUCUUUGGUAUUUUUACAAUUGACCAGAUCAAGGAAGCUGCUGAAAAAAUGCGGGUAUGAUCCACACACAAGUGGAGUCAAACGAGAAGUAGUACAAAAGCAUCUAUUUCAUCUUGCUUGCUGUAUUUGGUCCGUACCAGACAUUAAAAAAUGGCCAUAAUUCUUAAUUAACAUAAAAGUAUGUCUAGUAAGCAAAUUUUUAAAAGAGUAAAUAUCAAAGGCUAUUCGUGGUCCCUAAGAAAUUCAAAGUGAACUCAUUUUAGUCUUUUUAAGGGACUAAUGUGGGUCUUUUUUGAAUUUGUGAGGGACCACGAUUUCAACUAAAUGGGUCCAUUUUGAAUUUCUUAGAGACCACAA